GGCAGGGUUGAGAUUAAGAGAGAUAAGACUUAUCAAUUUAAAAAACAAAGUACCAGAAGUGUUUUAAAAUAACAGUGGCAUCACUAGUGUCAAAGCCCACAAGUGAUAAAAGAAAGACAAUUAUGGCGAGGUUUUGAGAAAAGAAGCCCACUAGUGUCGCUGGAAGCCCACAAGUUUUGAGAAAAUUUCAGUUUAGGUCGGGUUGUCUUGCAAGUAUAAUUAGGGCACGAUCCGAAGGCUGGCGUUGGCGUCUGUAAAAUUGGAUUCCUGAAGUGAAGAGAUAUGGAGGCAGCGCAACCAGUGCUGAAGGGAGCUUUUAAGAAACACCUUCGCCGAUCCCAAUCGGAGGGAAGUUUAUUCCUGGAUCUACCCCCUGACUCCCCCGAGCAAACACUUUUAUCCCAGGAGCUGAAUGUGGAUGAGACCCAGGGUUCAUUUUCCAAAAGGAGGAAAUUGUUUCUUGAGCCCAAUGCGGCUACAAAGGGGUUGACUGUUUUCAGGAUGUUGAUUUCCACAAAGGAUGAUGAUUCCAUUGAUUGUUUCAAGGGUCAGAUUUUUAACCUCAAAUCUAAAUAUGAGAAGAAAAAUGUUGAAGUAAAUCUUCUUCCUGUAGCUACUGGAGUUGGAGUUGUUAUGGUAUCAGCGAAAAGGGACUCUAAAUGCUCCAGUACUCAUGCUCUUAAUGCUUUUGAUGAGGUUCACGAAAAUUAUUUGCAAACCAUGCCAUAUGAGAACUGCUUAACAAGGCUACUUGUACCGGCAUCGCAUGCAAAAAAGAUGAUUAUUUUCCACACAAUCUUCCCGGAUCCGUAUAGACUCUAUGUGUAUCUAACAGAUAACAUGCCAGUUUUUUUCCCGGGUGAUGUGAUUGUUGAAGUGGAAGGGAAGCGUGGGGAGGUACGCGAGACAAUUGAAUCAAUUGUUUCGUAUCUGGGGGAUUUUGAGGUUGAUGGGAGAAUGAUGUCAGAGCUUAGAGCUGGGAAAGUCCUUCAUUCACCUUUUUUUGAAGAAGUUGCAUGUGGAGCAUAUUCAGGUGUGAAGCCUCGAAGAAAGUUUAUGAUCAAGGAGUCCACACGAAUCCCUUUGGCAUAUUUUGAUUAUUUCAUUGGCAAAAAAGGGGAAGCUAUUAAAAAGAUUUGGAAAUCAAGUCCGACGGCGUCAGUGUACUUUGACACAUUUACCGCUAAAGAGGUAUACAUAUGUAUUGAGGGAGAAAGUGAUUCGGAUGUCGAAGAUGCUAAGGAUGCGUUGGAGGAGUUGAUUCCCAUGGACAGAAGGAUAAUAGAUGGAAAGCCUGUUUUUGAGGGCAUGCUUUGCAUGGAGGUAGGGUUUGAUAUGGCGGAAGCGUAUGAUUGGUCUCCCCCGGAGGAGGAAGAGGAAGAUGAAUUUUAGUCCAGAGCCGGCCCGAAAAAUGACAAAAAUAAAAUUGGCCCGGUCCAAAAUUUACAUUUUGGGCCUUAUUUUAUUUUUAAAGAAUACUUUUGCUUUAAAAAUAUGAAGCUCUAAAAUUUAAUGGAUCUUGUGCGGUUGGUGACUGUGCACACCCUCCGAGUUACCCAUGAAUUUUACCCCGUUCAAGCACUACUUAAAGGGCCCAACUUGUGAAAAGUCUGAAGUCAAAAAAGUGUGUGUGCUUAUCAUACCAUUAUGAAAAUGGUUAUGUAGCAAUAAAUUAAAGGUCUAUGA